AUGCUGGUCCAGUUUAUUAUGGACCAAAGUGACCCACAAGAAUUUCACUUUGAGCGAAGAAAUAGCUCCCAGCAGUUCAGCCAAGGGGAUCUAAUACCUUUCACACCCCCGGAUAAUAUUACCACCGAGGGGACAGUGGCAGUCAAUUUUCCAUCUCCUGGAGAGUAUACUAUUGAUAUGAUAGCCGACAAUAGCAGACCGAUAACGGAGAGCCUGUCAAUUUUUGCUAGUAAUCCGGAAUCCGGAAUUGGUCCCAGUCUCACAACAACGUCUGUGUCCAGUUCUUCGGACGUAGUAAGUACGCAGAGCUACAGCAUCUCUUUGGAAUCGACGUUACCGAGCUCUACUUCAAGUUCCUCAUCUGGAGAAUCAAUGGCUCAGAGCACUUCCCAAAUCAAUGAAAGCAGUUUGAUUGCGGGUAGACCUUCAACAACUGCCACGACCCCUGCGUCUACAUCUAACAACUCCUACUUGCAUAAACCACGCAACACAUCGACAAUCAUUGGAGCCGUGAUUGGCCCUAUACUAUUCCUCCUCCUCCUUUCGCCUUUCCCCCAAGAUCCGGAGCAUGGCGUGAUGCACAAGCUGCGAGGACGAGAUGUGCCUGUACCAGCUUCAGUUCAAGUUGAAUCAGGGCCCGAAGUACCGAUUUUGUCAUCAAUAAACUCUGGGAUGGCAGAAUUGGGAAUCGAAGAUGAAGAGUCAAUGGACCAUGUACCAGGCAAGGGGAGAAGGCGGGUGUCGAUCUCCGUAUCCCCACGUGAUCAUUCCCCCGCACCCUCGCUUUCUGGAGGUUUAGCCGAACCGGACAGUCAUCAAAUUCCCAAUGAAGAGCCGAUAUUGCACCCAAGUACUUCAGCCCUCAGACCUCAUGCAAUGAACGAUGAAACAGCUGGAGAGAUCCUAAGGUUGCAGGGCCAGAUACAGCAGCUCAUUAUGGGAAGUGUGUCAGUAUGGGCACCAGAUAGUGACCGGGAUCCACCUCCAGCAUAUGUAUCAGAGGUUUCAGAAGAUGAAUUGAGAGAAAUGUGA